UCCACACAGCUGAUAAUAGACAGUAAUAAAACAUCGCUUCAAGAUUAUAUUCUUAUCUUUCAUUUGUCACAGUUUUUCUAUUAAUCACAACGGUGCUUUCCAGCGUUUAAAAAAGCUUAUCAAAACUCCUUUUCAUCUGAAAAGUUUAAAGAACAAUUAAAGGUCAAUAGUAGGAAUGUUUAGAGACUGUAAGAAAAAUACCGGUUGUGUAAAAAUUUGAAACACGAAGACAGCUUUUUGAAAUAAGUGAAAUAUUUGAAUUUGUUACUCGAUACCCGCAGUUUGAAUAAAAUUGAUUCCCAAUUUGAUCAAGAUCUUGUUAUUAACAGCGGUGAUCGGAUGAAUAAAAGAUAUUUGAAUGGCGAAUGUUCUAAGCCUGGAUAAUCUGGAGAGUAUAGAGAUGAAGUUCCGGGGAACCCAGGAUACAGAGGAACUAUCUCUCCAUAGCCUGGAUGAGUAUUACCAGGAGCAGAACCUGGAGGAGAGCGGGACGGAGAAAUCCCGGUUGGUUCCGAAACCAAAGCCAAGGCAGGAGAAGUGUUGUGGUUGGCUGAGAGGAUGUUUCAGGAAGAAAGAACCUUCUGCAAGAACAGUAUGGAUUGGUCGAAUGUCUCAGCAGAACUUUCCUGCAAACAUGAUCAAGAACCAGAAAUACAACAUCAUCACCUUCAUCCCCCUCGUGCUGUUCAACCAGUUCAAGUUCUUCCUUAACCUUUACUUCCUCAUCAUGGCCUGCAGUCAGUUCAUUCCAGUUCUCAGGAUUGGUUAUCUGUAUACCUACUGGGGACCCCUGGCAUUCGUCAUAUCCGUCACAUUGAUCAGAGAGGCCAUUGACGAUAUCAGGAGAUGGCAGAGAGACCGGGAGGUCAAUCAAGCAAGAUACAGUAAGGUUACGGAGAGAGGACUGAUGAGCGUCUCCAGUUCUAAUCUCAAGGUUGGAGAUAUUAUUGUUGUGGAGAAGGGUGUCAGGGUUCCAGCAGAUCUAGUUCUACUCAGGACGACGGAAAGUUCCGGAGCAUGCUUUAUCCGAACUGAUCAAUUGGACGGAGAGAUAGAUUGGAAACUUCGUCUAGCUGUUCAAGCAACCCAGAGAUUGCGCUCGGACGAGGAACUGCUCCGGGUCCAGGCGAGUGUGUACGCUGAGAAACCUCAGAAGGAUAUUCACGGGUUUAUCGGUAAGAUGAGUAUUCUGUCUCCAGAUAGUGACCAUUGUGAAGAGAGCUUAGGAGUUGAGAAUACUAUCUGGGCAGGAGCUGUAGUAGCCAGCGGGACAGCUACAGGUAUAGUUAUAUACACUGGUACUGAGUGCAGAGCUGCAAUGAACAACAGUCAUCCGCGUAGUAAGGUUGGAUUGAUAGAUAUGGAGCUGAAUGGGGUUACAAAAGUUCUCUUCAUUGCAACCGUAUUUCUUGCCGUGCUGAUGGUGGUGCUGAAAGGUUUUGACGGACCCUGGUACAUUUUCAUGUUCAGGUUCGUCCUUCUCUUCUCUUAUCUGAUUCCCAUCAGUCUCAGGGUGAACCUCGAGCUGGCAAAGAUAUUCUACGCCUGGGCGAUAGGUCGGGAUAAGGAUAUUCCUGGAACCCAGGCUCGAUCUACCACAAUACCGGAGGAGUUGGGACGGGUUUCCUACCUGCUCUCGGACAAGACAGGAACUCUCACCAUGAACCAGAUGAUCUUUAAGAAGCUGCACCUCGGAUCUGCAGCUUACAGUGAUGACACAUUUGACGAAGUUAGAUCUGGAAUAGUAAAGCAGUUCAAGGACGGUAAACGAGUUCCUAAAGUUUCGGGUCAAAAACAAAGCACAUCAGAACGUGUAACAGAGGCUGUUAUAUCUCUUUCUGUUUGUCAUAAUGUUACUCCUGUCUACGAUACAGAUGGUGCAGAGGGUAGUCUACCACAUGCUGAACAGGGAGUAUCUGAGAACGUGACCUACCAGGCUAGUAGUCCUGAUGAGGUAGCUCUAGUAGAGUGGGCGGGCUGGGCGGGACUUCGACUAACUAACAGAACACUCACUAAUAUUACUCUAACAGGCCCUGAAGGAACAACGCUAAGCUACGAAAUCCUCCAACUAUUCCCGUUCACCUCUGAGAGUAAACGAAUGGGUAUUAUCGUGAGGGACGAGGGGAGCGGAGAGAUAUUGUUCUACAUGAAGGGAGCUGAUGUAGUGAUGACAAGUAUAGUUCAGUAUAACGACUGGUUGGUAGAAGAGGUGGAUAACAUGGCUCGGGAAGGACUCAGAACCCUCGUCGUAGCCUGUAAAAUAUUAUCAGAGGAGAGCUAUUCAGACUUCGAGCAGAGGUAUAGUGCAGCUAAGCUUAGUGUGGUGAACCGGUCAACUCAGGUAGCUGCUGUAGUUGAGAGUUUACAGAGGGAUAUGACACUCCUCUGUGUUACAGGAGUAGAGGACCGACUUCAGGACGGAGUCCGACAGACCCUGGAGCUGCUUAGGAAUGCUGGUCUCAAGAUCUGGAUGUUAACCGGAGAUAAACUUGAGACUGCUACAUGUAUUGCUAAGUCUAGUAAACUAGUCUCCAGAACCCAGAGUAUUCAUAUAUUUAAGAACGUGAGCUCACGUAGUGAAGCGCAUCAAGAGCUUAACGCGUUCAGGAGAAAGCAGGAUACCGCGCUGGUUAUCCGGGGGGACUCUCUGGAGGUUUGCCUGGAGUACUAUGAACAUGAACUCAUGGAGCUGGUUGCCCUCGCCCCAGCGGUUGUCGCUUGUCGAUGCUCGCCUUUGCAGAAAGCUGCGGUUGUCAGGCUUAUAGAAAGUCACACUGGAAAGAUAGCUGCAGCAAUAGGGGAUGGUGGUAAUGAUGUGAGUAUGAUCCAAGCAGCAAGUGUAGGUAUAGGUAUUGUUGGUAAGGAAGGAAAACAGGCCUCUCUUGCAGCAGAUUUCUCUCUCACACAGUUCUCACAUAUAGGACGGUUACUUCUUGUACAUGGUAGAAAUAGCUACAAACGUUCUGCUAGUCUUUCACAGUUUGUUAUUCAUAGAGGACUCAUCAUAACUACAAUGCAGGCCGUAUUCUCCGCAGUAUUCUAUUUUGCUAGUGUUUCACUGUAUCAGGGUUUCUUGAUGGUUGGGUAUGGAACCCUGUACACUAUGCUCCCUGUGUUCUCCUUAGUACUGGAUCGUGAUGUGACAGGAACCAUUGCUAUGACCUACCCUGAGCUCUACAAGGAACUAACUAAAGGAAGAUCCCUCUCAUACAAAACAUUUUUUAUUUGGUGUCUCAUCUCUAUAUAUCAGGGCGGAGUAAUAAUGUUUGGUGCUCUCCUCCUGUUUGAGGACGAAUUCAUCCAUAUUGUAGCAAUCAGCUUCACAGCUCUUAUCAUCACAGAGCUCACCAUGGUAGCCCUCACCAUCAGAACUUGGCAUCCUGUGAUGUUUCUGGGUGAGAUUGCAAGUAUUCUUCUCUACUUCUUGUCAUUGAUAGUUCUCAGAGAUUACUUUGACUCUGAGUUUAUCAAAUCUGUGGCAUUUAUCUGGAAAACCUUGGUUAUUACAGCGUUCUCCACUCUCCCCCUCUAUGUUAUCAAAAUAAUGAGGAAACGAUUCUCUCCUCCUUCAUACCAAAAACUGUCUUGAAUGUGGUGUGUUUAUUACGAACUGAGUACUAUGUACUGUAUUUAUGUACCGUGUAUAAUUUUUGUACUCUAAUAGUUUUGUUUAAAAUUGAUGCUGCUGUGAUUCUUUUUUUUAUUUUCAACCGUUCUCCAUCUCCAUAUAUUUUAAU